AUGAUCCAGACGAAGAUUGGGGUAAGGUCGCCACGGUUCAUGGUGCAGUCAAUGAUUUCAGGACGCCUGUCCUCUUGGACACCGGGGCUACGGUGA